AUAUUCAAUAAGAUCCCAGUCUCUUACAUGUGUGGUGGUACGUGCGGGAGUGUACUGUGUAAUGUAGGCUAUACGACUGCUCGCUCAGUAAACACACACCUCCAAGCUCUGGAUACCGAGACAAAACAAUUUCAUAUUUCUUACGCUCCUUGAGACCAGCUAAUUCAUAUUUCGAGAUGUCUUGAACGCCGGGCCUGAUACACUACUAUGCUGAUUAAAGGAAGAGCAAGUCCUAGGACAAGCUCUCGAGUUGAUGUCCCCCAGCCAAACAUCAGCAGACCAUGCCGAGCACCACCUCCAGAAGAAAUACUGUCCUUCGAAGAUGAUGUGGUCUUCGAAUGGUCAAAGAGCAUAUCCCCAGACUUCUCAGAGUCACGAAAGGCACGGAUGCAAGCUGAAGAGCAGCGCAAGACGACAGAGAGUCUCUUCCCAGGAUUGCUUACUGAGGUCAUCGAUGAUUCUUUGUCCCAACAACCAACCUCUGGGUCAGUUCCAACCUUUGGCUCUCCUGUAGUAUUUUCAAGUCUGUUCGACCUAAGGGGAAGUGCUGAUGAUGUCAACACACGAAAUGCAUCGCGCUGUGAAUCAACGAAAUUGUACUCUGGAGUUCGGACCUUUUUACCAGACCGAUGCCAGACUGCUCCCCCUUCCAAACAUGUUGAUGGUGAAGCUGAGAAUGGUAUGAACGGAACCCAGGUUAUUGAUAUGGCAGCAAAACAUGAAAUACAAACACGGGAGAGGAGCAAAUCCUGUCGGUUGUACGGUGAAGGUGCCAAACGGCGUCCAGAUGCUUCGCAAUCUAGAUCAGCUCGCAAGGUUCGUAAACCAAAUGAGGAGCGUUACCUCAUGCGGAGGUAUCGGGAGAGACCAUGUUCUAGAGCUGAAAGUUAUAUGAACGAAGAAAUAUUUAAAUCAACGAGUGAUUUGUCUCGAGAAUGUUGCGACGUCCUUGGCCCAAGACAUUGUUACGACUGCUCCAAGAUAACACAGAGGAACACUUUCGUUGACCGCAACACCUCUUCGUUCCCAAGCAUUCACAUGACACCAAAAAACAUGUCAACAAUCACCUUGGUUCAGAGACUCUUCCCAGAGUUGAGCCAGUUGGACAUCCUGGAAGGAGUAGCUGAUGGAUAUAUAUCAUCUCGAUCGUUUUCUCGUGAUAGACUUCUUGAACUUUGCGAGCGCAGGAAAGCGGAUGCUCGGAAGAAAGAGAUUAGGGAAAAGUGGAAGGGUGUUGCCAAACGACGGAUAAGUGCGUUCUCUAUUCCAGACAAGCUUCAUUUCUUCAGUAACUUUACUGAUUUGAGAGCUCAGAUACUAAAACAGCGGGGGAGCUACACGGGUAUGAAAGAUCUGGUGUCUCCCGUUAAUAGUCUUAACACUAUGCCACCUCCAACCGAAAUUGAACUCAUCAUCAGGAAAGAGGAGGACCGUGAAAAUCCUGCGAAUUACUUCUGCCCACCACUCAUGACGCGCGAAGAAAUCCAACGACAGAAGAGUCAACCGCGAUUUUACGCAGGAGCGAAGCAAGAAUACAAACUUCCCGACGCUCCCCCUCUCACAGACAUUCUCCAGAAAUCAACUAUGACAAUUCGAGACUUGGAUCCCGAAGGAACUGCCAAACCCAAAGUAGAGAGAACAAAACCUAGUGGCCCACGCAUUUGCGGAAUGGGUGAUCCCAAAAGAAAUAUUCCAAACGGUGGAUCCUUUGGUGGCAGCGGUGGGAUGUUAAGUAAGACACCCGGGAGAUCGCGGCCUCCAAGAUUUGGGCGACCGGAAGUGGGCGGAGGUCUUGCAUCUCUCGCGGCAUCGUCAUCAUCAUUCACAAGACCGCUGCAGAUGGAGACGCUGGCUGAGGACGGCAGCCAGAGUGAGCGGGAAGAUGUGAUGGAGGAAGAGGAAGAAGAUGAUGAGGCUGGUAGAAAUGAGAUGGAGAAAGGGGGAAACCCCCUUAGCUAUGAACAACGGCCUCAUCCUCGCAUGAAACCUCAUCAUAACACAGGGUACAACCGAAGUAGUUUCGGUGAUUUAAACGUUGAGGAAGAGGAGGAGGAUGAAAGCGAUAACAUUGAUGGUCAAAAUGAAAUGAGGAUUGAUGAGGCAGUGGAAGACGCUGACGAAGAUGACGAAAACGAGGAAGACGCGCUUGGAUAUAUUACACAUGGGACCAGAAACCUACAAUUAAGUAGCAAACAUGGAUUGGGUAACACGGCUGGACAACAUGAUGAAACAGGGGAGCUUUACCAGACAUCAAAACGGACUGGCAUUGAAGGGCACCAAGAAAAGGAAGAUGAAAAUGACUUUGAAGUAGGUUCACUAGAUGGUGUCUCGCUGUCAGAAGAUGAAGUUGAAGAACUUUGAGCUCAUCAUCUGAAUUUUACAUUUCAACGGAUGUUCAAUACUUCGUUAUUUAAUUUGUCCGUUUGGAUUUGGAAAUGUUUACUCUAUCAACUUUGGUAGUCGUGUGAACUUUUGAUCAGAAAUAUACUACAGUCACUCCAAACCCGCCGACUGUAUGCCAUUCAAAAUAGGCUUUCAUCCCCCUGGGGGUCGGUGACUGUACCAUGAUAUCACGUGCAGGGUUAACGCACAAAGUGUACCGUGUGAUGAAAUCAGUGUUUUUGUCUUGCCAAGCGAGGAUAAUUAAUAAGAACUAGAUGUGUUAGGGAGUGUUGCAAGAAAGCAUCUGCAAAUAUUAUGUUGUAAUUUUACAUUUAUACUUAUGUCAAUUCUAUCUGUAGCAAAUAAUAUCACACUGCUUGUUUCAAGAAGCAGAUUAGUAAUCAAUUGCAAAUUUGCAAUUAAUUUCAAUACUUAUGAUUGAUUUAGGGACUGAAGAUGGACUUGCAAUUGAUCGCAAGUUUUUAGCAACACCUCAUUAGAAAAACAUGUAACUAUACAGUGCGUAUAAAAAAAAAGUUUACACUUUCAAAAAGCCCUGGGAAUUAAAAAUGUACAAAAUGUUGGUAUUUUUUUCACUUAUAAUUUUGGGUUUGGGUCUCAUCUAUCCAAUAAAAGUAAAAGUUUUGACAGAAUGUUACACUUGAGUGAGCACUGUCCAUUUUUGUAAAGCUCGCAGAAAUGCUUGUUUUCACGCUGUGUCAAGGGGAAAGGACGAAAUCAAACUUACCCUGCGAAACAUUUUUCAUACAUUUCCCCUGCACUUUUAGUCAAUUGAAAUAAAACGGAUACAUUCAUGUAUUUUGUAACAAUUUUGCAACCCACAUUGAAAUUUUAACAUUUAGUAAGCACAAUCUUUACCCUUUUUGUGCCAGCUGGAUCUGAAAAUAUUACUGAAUCUGAACAAAAGUUUAUACCAGACAUCUCCAGCAUUUUUUCACUAAUUUUUUAUCAUUCAAAGUGGGUUUCCAUUUCACUUGUUCAUUUAAUACUUGUUUCUCCACACUUUUCCCAAGCUUGACAAUGAUUAACUAAAUGAAAAUCAAGCCUAAGCCAUUUCAUGUAAAUCACAGCUCAGUGUAAAGAAAAUAACGUCUCGAUGGCCUCGGUGUGUGGGGUAGUGGGGUGGGGCGCAAUGCAUUCUUCGAAGUGUUUUAGGCAAGGAAACAAGUUUUAAAAGGUAAAAGAUAUCUUCAAAUCAAUUUUAUUAGCUAAAUACCACGUGUUCUUCAUGAAUAAGGUCUAUUUUUAUUUACAUAACUAUUCCAAAGUUCUGCGCAAAUCAUUUUUCACUAACUUUUCAAAAGUAAGUGGUGCUCACUCAAGCGGAAAUAUUUUUCGACAGUUAUAUCGUCAUUUGCUGAAAUGGAUCUGUACAAACAUAACCAAUGUUAAAAUGUGGAAAAAUCUUCAGGAUAUUACAAAUGUGUAAUUUUACAGGAUUUUUUCAAAGUGUAAACUUUUUUUUGAUACGCAAUGUAUACUCAUUCAGAAUCAUCUAGUAAAGUCAUGGUUAUUUCCAGGCGAGGAUAAGUUACAAGAAAUCGAUUUGUGAGAUAUAUUCAGAAUUAUUUCAAUGUUACAGUUAAUUCAGUGGAACCGAUUCCAGGUCGAUCCAAGUUUUUACGUUAUUACCAAUGAUGUGCUAUCGGUGGAUGUGGAAUCGGUUUUGUUGAUGUGACUUUUAUGUAUAUCGACCUUGUGUAUCAAUUCAAGUAAGCCAACUACACGUAAGCGGACAUGAUGCUUGAAGAUGAUUUACUAAUUACUCUUACAAUUAAGAACAUGUCUCAUGUGCAAUGACUUCGUUACCAAUUAAUUCUUGUCUAAGAAAUGGAAAUGCGUUUUAUGAUUAUUCAAAUUUCAAUCAGUAUAUUUGGAAUAUAAAAGUAAGAAGGGCCGAUAAAUAUCUUAUAAGAAUAUGUCAUGCGAAAAGCAAUUCCUGGGCCUCGUAGCAUAAAGGUUACCAUUAUGGUAACUUUUCCAACCAACAGUAACUCGCAUGGAAUUCUUGGUUCUGAUUGGUUGAUGAUCAUCGUUACCAUGUUAGUUACCAUUAGAUGGUAAAGUUUAAUACCCGAAUAGUAACUUUUAUGCAACGGGGCUAUGUAAAUACAAUAAAGCUAUGUGUAAGCUACGUAUAUUUUAAUGUUCAGCUAUGUAUUCUAUUUUCUAUGACAGCGUUUAAAGCCCACUAUGCGAUCCGUUGCUAUCCAAAUUUCAAAGAGAUUGUCAUUACAUUUGAUAUGAGCAUUCCAACCAAUAAAAUCUUAGCGAUCAUCGUUCAUAAUAGUGGUAGGACAACUGAAAUCGAAAUUCAGUUAAGCUCGAGUCUCCUUGUUGGAAUAAAAGCAAAUUCAAUUCCAAAUCGAUGACGUCACCAUCGACUUGAAGCCGAUUUGGACAUAACUCUGACCACAGGGCUUGCCGCAACGUAAAAUUAAGAUUUGUUAUUCCUAACAUUAGGCAAAACUUCAUAUAAAAUAAAUGUUACUUCUAGGAACUUUAACAUUUAAUACAAAACGCAAUUUAUUUAAAAAAAAUCGUAUCGGAUCGCAUAUUGUGCGCUGAGCUUGAUAAAUGGGUAACGGUAAGAUUGUCCAACUGAUGCACCGAGUGUACUUACUUUGAUUUCAUAUUAUAAGCUAUUAUUUCUACACUGCAUUGACAUUCUCUUUCAGCUCUUUUAAUUGUGACUAGCAUAUCAAACUGUGUGACAGGGGCGGAUCCAGGAUUUUCC